AUGCAGUGGAGUCACGACCGCCGCAAGAUCAUCGGGCGCUUCUUCCCCGACCUGGACGAGCACGCUGCAAUCUACAAAGACCUCCUCCACCACCACCCCGAGCUGCCAUGCCAGGAGCAACGCACCACCUCGGUUGUCGCCUCCCGCCUCAAAACCCUGGGCUUCUCUGUCCAGCGACACAUUGGCGGCCACGGCGUCGUGGGCCUCCUCCCCAACGGACCUGGCGCCAAAGUCCUCCUGCGCUCAGAGCUCGACGCCCUCCCUAUUAUCGAGGCGACGGGCCUCCCCUACGCAAGCAAGGUUGAGCAGGUUGACGCCGACGUGAUAAAAAAGGGCGCCAUGCAUGCCUGCGCACACGAUAUGCACAUGGCGUGUCUCCUAAGCGUAGCCGCACUCCUGCACAGCGCGCGCGCCCUGUGGUCUGGUACAUUGAUCGUCCUCUUCCAACCAAACGAGGAGCGCCUGCUCGGCGCAAAGGCCAUGAUAGAGGACAACCUCUUUGGCAAGAUCCCCCUGUCUACCGUGUGCUUGGCCCAGCACUGUGUGCCCACCAAGAGCGGCACUGUCGCCGUCAAGCCCGGCCGGGUGCUGGGGUUCUUGGACUCGCUGGCUGUCUGGGUUUAUGGGCGUGGCGCACAUGGAGCCACUCCGCAGCUCGCGAUUGAUCCGACCGUGCUGGUAGCGAGUAUUCUCACGCCGCUGCAGACGGUUGAACGAGCGGCCGAGGUCGUGCAGGAGAUGACGCCGGACAUUGUUGCGGAUGAUUCUGUGCUUCUCGCGCUGCCGCCUGGCAACAAGGAGCCAAUUCCAUAUGUGUACUGGAACAUUGGAGUCACGGAUCCGGAAACUUGGGACAGGGCAAACCGCGUGGGAAAGCUGUGGGACUUGGCUCCGACGCAUAGUGCCACUUAUACGCCGGUAAUUGAGCCUACUCUGCGGACAGGAGUCGGGGCAUUGGCUCUCUCUGCGCUGACAUUUCUCCACGUGAAUAGUGGGACAUAG